GUGAGGAUAACGACGGGCGCUGGCGGCAAAGGACGCUCGGCACGGCAGGCGCCAUUCCUGUGCGCUCAGCAACAGCGGGCUGCCCUCACCACUGGGUCCUUCAAACGGACAUGAAUAUUGUCGUUGUGUAACCGAAAGGUUUUCCCGAUAAAGGUUUAUCUUGUGGGGAUCGGAGGAGACCGAAGUGCCUGUGUGUUUAUGCGCAGAGGAGCCGAAGGCGAGCGCGGCACGUUCGUUUUUUUUCGCCUCUGCUGCUCGCGGUGCGGAGCCCGGGGGCGGGGCCUGGCGGCUCGAGUCACGUGGGGCAACAUUGUAAUUGUAGUAGGACUGGUGGGGCAACACUGCAUGGCUGCAAUGGCUCCUGCUCUCACAGAAACGGCUACAGAAGGACAUGGAUUCCAGCUGUCAUCGUCAUCUUUACCAUCCAGUUCCAUUGAACCUGACACAUUCAUGCACAAAGAUGAUGCCAGUGAAGAACAGAAGUUAAAUGGAAAUUGUGACACACAGGCUGCUUGGUCUCAAUUGGCAUAUCCCUGUGCAGCACCUGGGCUUGGCCAUGAUGCAACUGAUUUGAAGAAUGUACCUUAUGGAUCUACAAUUGUGCACUCCUCAAUCCCACAUAAUACAACCUUGUUAACCAGUGCUAAUUCUCUACUGGACAGACUGUCUUUAAACUUAAAUCUUUCUAGUAAGAAAUUGUUCAGCAAAGACUCACCAAACAUUGUUACCAAAAAUAACUUAUCUUGUGAUAGAUUUAAGCAAACAUCUGGUUUUAAUACUGGCAAAACAUAUGCUGUACCUGAAGCAAAGCUAAAUAGUAAUAAAAAUGGUAUGACAGGGUUGAGCUGCCAGAAAAACAACCCUUUGAAGUGUAAUAGUAUGUUAACUGAUGUUGGAGAGAUGAAUAUGGCCUGUGUCUCAGCUUCACUAAGCCUCAGUGCGCCCAGUGACAUGACUUCAAACCAAAAGGCAGAGUUGAAACCAACUGAAGCAAAUAGCAUUAGGAGUUCUGUACCAGUAGACAAUGCUGUGCAUGCUGAAAAUUUACUGAAUUGUUCCAGGCAAUUAAUCCAGCAGGGACAAGAAGAGAAACAACUCAUUAGUUCCAUAAGUGUACAGAAAACUGAAAGAAAUGCUCAGCUUCUUGAGUGCCUUGACAGACAACAAAAACUAGCUAAAAAGGCCAGCAGUCUCAGAAAACGUUUGCAGAUAAUACAGGCAAAACAUAUUACACACCAUAUUAAACAGAGAAUGCAGCAGUUGAUAGAAUCCGAGCACCAUAGGCAACAGGCACUUGGCAAAUUUAAUAGUUCAAAACCCAAUCUUGCCUGUUCGGAUGGAAUAAAGCGUGAUGACAGUGUGCAGACUGGAUUAGAUCCAAAAAAACCUGUCUUGUCUGAACUUUACAAGUAUACACAUCUUUCCAAAGCACUGCUUUCGCGCAUAGAAGAAAAUGUGGAUUCUGAUGCAACUGGUAGUAGCACAGAUGAGGAUUCCGACAUGGAAGAGACUCCAUUGAGGAGGAAUAUUUCUGUCAAGCACCAAUCAGAAUGGGGAUGGGCUGCUGAUCGAGCCAAAAUUGCAAGUCGAUGGACGUGGCUUCAGGCACAGAUAUCAGAGCUGGAGUAUAAGAUACGACACAUGAACGACAUCUACAGGCACAUGCGUUCCACCAAGGAAAUGGUAAUCCUGGAUGAUUCGCAGCCUUCCAAGACAGAAGCAGCAGUUUUAUUAGUUGCAGCAGAGAAUAAUAAAACUCCUGCAGAGAUGAUAUAUUCAACUCUGGAUUGCAAUUUGGAAAUGUCACCAAGCAGCCCUUCACUUCUUCUAAGGAAUAUAGAUAAACAGAGUGCACAGCUAACAGAAUCAGUCAACAGUUUGAUUCCUCCACUCAAUUUAUCUCCUGCUUCUUCUCCUGUAUCCUGUAAGGCAUGCAACCGUCUUGAGGCCCCCACCUGCAGUAUUUUAGGUGAUAAUGAGCCUAAUUCUUCGAACAAUCCUGGUCCUGAGGAAAUUCUAUUCAAGAAAAAGCAGCUGGAGAGGACUGGUCAACAGCUUCUUUCUACAAAUGACACAUCAGCAAGAGUUAGGCCUCUUCGGACGCACAAUAAACGCAGACUCUUCUUUUCUGUUUAUAAUGCAAAUAGAAAGGUUCCGGCUGCUGCUGUGCAUUGUCAAUGUAGCUGGCCAGUAUGCUGUAAAAUAUGUGAUGUGGUGGACCCAAGGACACUGACAUGGGAGGAUCGAGCAGCUCUACUGGACCCAGGCUUUCACCCAGUAUUGUCACUUCAUUAUGAUGUGCCUCUAAGUGUCCACUUUCAAGCUUUAUUGAAUGAGGAAGAAUGGGACAAUGGACAUGUUCCCCCAGUAAUGAAUGAUUUAAAGACUUCCUUAGCAAACAGUGCACUGUGUAAGAGAUAUCCACAUGAGAGUAUUUUGGAUUCAGUUGGGUGCAAUGUUAAUAAGGACCACUUUGCAAAGGUACUGGGACAGCAUUGGAAUCAGUCAUCUUCUAUCCCUGAACCACAUACUCCAACAGAAGCAUCGAGGAAGCCCUUCAGAGAAUUAAGAAAAAGAAGGCAUUCAAAUGAGAAAACUACCGUUGUAAGUAAAAAACACUGUGCUCUGCUGAACUCUGGUGACUCUCCUUCUGGUUCUUCGGUGAAAAUAACACAGACAUCAGGCCUUAUUCAGCGAACUCAAUGUUCCAGCCCAACAGAUAGCUGGGUGUCCAGAUCAACUCCAUCCCAAAGAGCACUUUCGCAGACGAAAGAUAUUUCUUUACGCCAAAGGCAGCAGAGUGAAUGUUGUUAUGAUAUUGAUAACAUUGUGGUGCCCAUGUCAUUGGUUGCCACUUCCAAGAUUGAGAAGCUCCAGUAUAAAGAAAUUAUUACACCAAGCUGGCGAAUUAUGGCCUUCCAACCAGUAAAGGAACUACACAUGCAAGAGAAUGAGUUAGAGGACACUUCAGAUGAAGCAUUUGCUUUGCGACAUAAAAAGCAUGAAGUAAGGGAGCAAGCAAGGUGGCUAUUGUGGGAGCAAAGCAGAUGUCAUCGAAGGAGCAACAGGUUAUCAUCAUUCACUAAGAAUAAUGACGAGCAUUUGAAUCCUCACCUUCCACCUUCUUCAGAUAGUGAAAAACCUUACAGCUCCGUGCGCUGCGUUUCUGAACUGGCACAAAAUGAGGAGACUCAGGUGUUACUCAUGGAAGGAGAGCCUAAUGCAAAGGUUGUUCUACCGUGGAAUUGUCGUACUUUCCCUCUGAGUGAGGAAGAAGUAAAACACUUAGAUCAUCCAGAGGAAGAGAGUGCAGUUGAGAAAGGUGGUCUCAGGCCUCUCACGAGGUUAUACUCAGCACUCAGUGAGAAUGGCCGGGCAGCUUCAGAGGGAGUGCCAUCUGCCAGAGAAGCACAAUGUAAACUCUCGGUCUGGGGACAAAACAGUGCAACACAAUAGUGCCGAUAAAUCUGGGAUUAUUUAGAAACAAGGUUAAAGAAUUAUCAUAAGGUGUUCAUUUGAAGGCAUUCACUUCAAUAAACCAUCCUAUGGUAUUGACUGACACCUCAAAAUCAGUAAACAAACUGCACAAACGUUCUGAAGCUGAAAUCAGUGAAGAUCUACAGCUGCAGGAGUAUUGCUGCAAAGCCCUGGAUGUUCGCAUUUAAGGAAUGAACAUGGACUGUAUUAACAUACUGCACCCUGAUAUUGUGGCAUUGCAACAUCCGACACACAAGCUUUGCUCAACCCAUGGAACAUUCUGUAUUCUAAGAUCAUUUGACCAGCAGCUGGCUCUGAGGUCCUAAUAAUUAGAUCACAAGAUGAUGUUAAGAAUUGUUCUAAAACUGCUCAUUUUCUUUUCACACCCAAUUGCCUUCUGUUUACUUUUUAAAAAGUAAAAUUAUUUUAGUAAAAUGCCUCUCUCAUUGGCCUGUCUUGUGCACAAAGGAUGUAGAUGCUCAGCAGCAGUGCUGCAAAUCUGAAAGAGGGGAAACAUGGUCAAGCAUUCAGCACCUUGAGCACAGCAGGUAGGCUCUGAUGUUUGAGGUCAGAUCAGGUCAGCAGCUGAAACCUUAACCACAACUGCUGUGUACUUCCAGCAUAUUUUGUGUUUACGUAAGUGGCUGAGUUAUAUCCAUCUUCAUUUGUAAGUUAGUUUGGAAUUAUAUUCCUUGUUACACAAACUGAAAACUAUUUUCUAGUGCCACUUCAUUAUUGGAAAUGUUGGUAUGUACCAUGAGCUUUAAUUCAUGGCUAACAUACACAGUAGCAGUUAUUUUCUGUGGGUGGGACUGAUGAUGCAUACUGAACCACUGAGAACCCAUCUCAGACAGCACCAGCCUUCAGGCAAGGAAUGUUAUUUUUAUUUGUGAUGCACUCUGCAAGAAUGAACAAUCCAGUUAUUUCUGCUUCGAUUUUGUUUUUAAAAGAUGUACUUUCCCCCACAGUUCACUAAACAUAGUUGACAGGUUUUUUUUUAGGCUGGGCACCUUUUUUUGAGCAGAUCAGAGAGGAAAUUAAUGACAGAUUCCUACUUUCCCUCUGCAUCCACCAGGAAGCCAGAUGACAGCAUUCAGCUAGGAACAUGCUUAAAUAGGAAUAAGCAAUUCAGACUGCAACUGAUCUGUACUGUAAUGCACACCCCUCCCCCCCCCCACCCCACCCC